AUGGGCGCAAUAGGUCUCGCCCUGGCCAUGGGCAUCAAUCAAAUGUUCCCAAGGCAGGGUAAGAUUGCCCUAGCCUCUAGGCCUCGACUAGAUCGUAAGGGAGUCAACGACGACCUGCCGCUCAUACUGUCGGAGGCAAACGUGCGGCCAGAGGAGCACAACGCGUCACGAGGAUGGCAAGGCGAGUACGGCUCGAGCACCAAGACGUAA